CAGUUUCUUGGCUGACUCCACCCAAUAGGGCUUCCUGGUUGGGGUGUGUGCAGAGGUGCAAACACUUUGCUCUCACAGUUGAAGCAGAAACACCAGCUCAGUCUGCUUGAAGGAAAGUGGAGAACUCAUCUGCUCCUUCAGAAGAAGGCCUGUACACACCUGAGCACCUAAGCCUCCUUACAUGAACAUGGCUGCACACGAGAACAAUGCUCUGAGGAUUGUGCUGGUUGGGAAAACUGGAAGUGGGAAGAGUGCUACAGGAAACACCAUCCUUGGGGCAGCAAAAUUUCCUUCUCGAGUCUCUGCCCAAGCUGUUACCAAGAACUGUGAAAAGCAAACCCGGAAAUGGAACGGGAAAGACCUUGUUGUUGUUGACACCCCGGGACUCUUUGACACCAAGGACAACCUAGAAACUACAUGUGAAGAAAUCAGCCGCUGUGUCAUCGCCUCCUGCCCAGGACCUCACGCCAUCCUCAUGGUUAUCCAGCUGGGCCGCUACACAGAGGAAGAGCAGAAGACGGUCAGGUUGAUCAAGCAUGUCUUUGGGGAGGCAGCCAUGAAGCACAUGGUGGUCUUGUUCACUCGCAAAGAUGAGCUGGAUGGCAGCAGCCUAAGUGACUUCCUGGAAAAUGCAGAUAAAAACCUAACAGACAUCAUCGAGGAGUGUGGGAACCGCUGCUUCGCCAUCAACAACAAAGCAGGCCGGUCUGAGAAGGAAAGCCAGGUGCAGGAGCUGCUGGAGCUGUUAGAGAAAAUGGUGCAGGCCAACGGAGGGGCCUACUUUUCAGACACCAUCUACAAGGGCGUAGAGAAGAAGAUUAAGGAUCAGAAACUCAGAAUGGAAAACUUCACUAAACAAUUAAAUGAGGAAGUCAAACAAAUACAAGGCAGCAGUAAAUCAGAAGAAGAGAAGAAGAAAGCGAUAGAGGCUGUGAAGAUGCAAUAUGAUAAGAAAAUAAAAAAUGUAAAGGGAAAAGCUGAAGAUGAUGUGUUUAAAUAUGUCUUCAAAAAGAUUUUCGAGAUCAUUUACAAUAUAUGGGAGGAACUUUGGAAGUAAUGUAUAUUACAUUCUUUCUUUUUAAUUCCCUGCCUGUUGUUAGGUAAUAUAUUAUUUUUUCCAAAGAUAGCUACAGUCAUAGUCCCCUAUCUCCCAUAUAUUAAGGUCAAGCUGACAAAUAAAACUUGUGAAUUGUUAAUUUGCACUUGUAAUGAAAUGAUUAAAAUAAAGUAAUUCAUAUACCCAUA